AUGGAGAACCAGAACAGUCUGCAAGCUGUGAAAGUGGAAGUUCCUGGUAGACACGACAGGGCUGUGGAUCCUGAUAGGCCGAAAACGAAAAAAAAGAGUUCUAAACCAAGAAGUAGUGAAUUUGUGUACGUGAAUAAUGCUUAUGUUGGCAGUUUAAGCAGUGUGAACGAUGUGCGAACACAGGCGCCGCCUACCAGUGUGGUACGUGAGCAGUACUGGGCCUGUUCAAAAUGGCCGCACGCACAACGCAUCUUGGCUGUGGCAGUUGGACUCCUUCUUGGAGCGGUGAUAGGCCUCGCCGUAACUUUAGUUAUCAAUGCAAUAAGCCCUGACGCUAAUCUAUCAAACCUCUUCGACACCUCGGCCCCUGAUUAA